AAGGAUAGGAGAGGAGUUGCCAGAAAAGAACAAAGAAUUGAUGGAUAGUGAUACAAAAUAACAGAGUAUUCGAUAAGCUACAAACUGGGUACACAUCCAGAACUAGAGGUGGGUUUUUCUUCUUUGAAAUGAUGCAUCGUCACCUUGAAAGUUGAAACUCUGGCACCACAAACCACCAAACCAAAAAGUUGUACCUCUUCAAAUCGUCUUUGAUGCUUCAAUACUCCGGUCAUUACGUUCCGUUUCAGCUACUGCUCCAUGGGUUACAUUCUGUUUCAGUCCCCAUUGUUCGAAUUCCCUCGUAUUUUCAGUAGAUCAAGAUACAUCUUUCAUCGACCUUUUGCAGCUCCUCAGUGUCUCGGGCUUGGACCGUACAGAAAGCGAUGGAUGAAUUCCACUUGCUGGGCUGUUGGGUUAUCUGGUGAUGGAGCUGGAGAUGUGUUUGAUGAAAGUGUUCUUAAGGGAAUCGAAAGUGGGUCUCUUUUGGGUGCUUUAGAUGACCCGUCUUCAGCACCAUUUGGGACAGUAGAUGCCGAGAUCACUCAGGAAACCAUUGAUUUUUUCGUUAGUGAUGCCGAGGGUGAUCCUGACUGCCCAUCAGAAGGGUUCUCUUCCAUUGAGCAGGCGCUUAAGACAUUGCGCCAAGGGAAGUUUGUGAUCGUUGUAGAUGAUGAAAAUGGGGAAGUUGAAGGGAACCUUGUCAUGGCAGCAUCCCUUGCAAGUCCACAGGCUGUGACUUUUAUGGUGAAGUAUGGGUCAGGAAUUGUUUCUGUAGGCAUGAAGGAGAAGGAUCUUGAAAGACUAAAGCUACCUCUCAUGUCACCUGAACGUGAAGAUGACUCUUCUGUUCCCUCAUUCACAAUCACAGUGGAUGUGAAAGCCGGCACAACUACUGGGGUAUCAGCUUCAGACAGGGCAAAAACUGUUCUUGCUCUUUCAUCUCCUAAUUCCAAGCCAGAAGACUUCAGAAGGCCAGGUCAUGUGUUUCCCCUCAAGUACAGAAAUGGUGGGGUUUUAAGACGGGCUGGUCACACUGAAGGAUCUGUGGAUUUGGUUAUGCUGGCUGGCCUGCAGCCAAUUUCUCUUUUUUCAGCUGUUGUUGAUGCAGAUGAUGGUUCAAUGGCCUCUUUGCCCAAUCUAAGAAAGUUGGGCUUGGAACACAGCAUUCCAAUUGUUUCAAUCACUGAUUUGAUUCGGUAUAGGAGAAAGAGGGAAAAUUUGGUUGAAAGAACUGCUAUUUCCCUUCUGCCAACUAAAUGGGGCCUGUUUCAUGCUUAUUGCUAUCGAUCAAAGCUAGAUGGGACGGAGCAUGUAGCUGUUGUAAAGGUAAAUGUUUCUUACAUAAUGAGCUUUCAUUUGCUUUAUUAAUUACUUGAAGCAAAAAUUCUUGCUUGAGUUCCAUGUCAAAGUUUACAAAUAUUCUACUAAGCUAUUUUUGUGUCAUGUAUCAAAAGGGAAACAUUGGGCAUGGACAGGAUGUCCUAGUAAGGGUUCACUCAGAGUGUUUGACAGGGGACAUUUUUGGGUCGAAGCGGUGUGAUUGUGGCAACCAAUUAGAUUUGGCAAUGCAGUUAAUUGAGCAAGCUGGCAGGGCGUUGUUGUUUACCUUCGUGGUCAUGAAGGACGAGGGAUUGGCUUAGGUCACAAACUUCGGGCUUAUAAUCUGCAGGACCAAGGUCAUGACACAGUUGAAGCCAAUCUAGAACUUGGAUUCGCUGCUGAUGCACGGGAGUAUGGAAUUGGUGCCCAGAUACUAAGGGACGUAGGAGUCCGUACGAUGCGCCUUAUGACUAAUAACCCUGCCAAAUUCACUGGUCUGAAAGGCUACGGUCUGGCAGUUGUUGGGCGGGUUCCAAUCUUGACUCCCAUUACAGAGCACAACCAGAGGUAUUUGGAAACAAAACGUACAAAGAUGGGUCAUAUAUACGGAUCUGAUUUACAAGGGCCAUUAACCGGAUUCAUCGACCCAGUUGUAGAUAAAACAGAACCCCCAGAGGCAACACAGAAAUCUGAAUAGUCCUUGAUCCUAUCGAUUUAUUAAGGAGCUCUCUUCUGUAUAAUGCAGAGAUUUCAUACUUGAAUUUUCAUUGUUGUGAUUCAUUUGUUUUUAGUCUGUCUUUAUUUACAGUGUACAAAGUUUUUAACCCCUUGAUAUGUAUAGCAGAAGUGCAAUAUAUACUCUGGUUGGGCCUUCUCUCUUUUGUGAUUUGUGGCUCUUC